AUGGAAAUCAUUUCGAGAAGACCAUCUUGUCUGAAUAGCUGUUGCUGCUACUGUGGCGUGUCAGCUGAUCACGAACGGUCACGCUGGUCGUGGACGCUGUGGAGUAACGGCCGACGUUAUGCAAAUGUCACAAACCCCGUGGCAGCAGGUGAGGUCAACCCUGUGACCCGCAAGAACUUUGAUGUUCUCAGUGUUCUGGGAGCUGGAGCCUUUGGAAAAGUGUUCCUAGUCAGGAAGAAAGAUGGGGCUGAUUCUGGCCAUCUGUAUGCAAUGAAAGAACUGCUGAAGGCUAAAAUUAUAAAAAACAAGAAGAUUACUGAGUGCACCAUAAUGGAGAGACAGGUGUUGGAGGCCGUCCGACACUCUCCUUUCAUUAUCGGCCUUAAUUAUGCUUUCCAGACCGAUGAUAAGCUGCAUCUCAUUCUUGAUUAUGUCUGUGGAGGGGACCUCCACACCCACUUUUGCCUUCGGCAGCGGUUGCCUGAAGAGGAGGUACGCUUCUAUGUGGGCGAAGUUGUUCUCGCACUGGAACAACUCCACAAGAUCGGGGUUAUCUACAGAGACCUGAAGCCCGAAAAUCUACUGAUUGAUGCCCAGGGGCACAUAGUUCUCACAGACUUCGGGCUCUGUAAGAAGUUUUCACCAUUUGAGACGCCUCGAACGUACUCACACUGUGGAACCCUGGAGUACAUGGCCCCUGAAGUCAUUCGAGGCCCCUCCGGACAUGAUAUGGCAGCAGACUGGUGGAGCACUGGCAUCCUCACAUGUGAGCUCUUAGCAGGGGAUCGUCCCUUCAGUGUUGUUGGAAAGAGAAAGUACCAGGAGCGUCUACGACGCCGAAUACUUACAGCGAAACCCCGGAUCCCAAAUGAUAUAUCCCCUGAGGCAUCAGAUUUUAUCCUAAAAUUACUAGAGAGUGAUCCACAGAAACGUUUGGGUGGAGGAGAGGGUGAUGCAGAAGAACUGAAAAGGCACCCAUUUUUCAGAGAGUUGGACUGGUCUGCUCUGGGGCAGAAGAGAAUUUCAGCCCCAUUUAUACCUAUUUUAUCAGACAAGAUGGAUGCAACACAUAUCUCUGAAGAACCUGCUGCUCCAUCCAAGUCACGUAGGACUGCACCACUGAGCUCUGACAACACAUUCAGGGGAUAUUCCUUUGUAAGACCAUCAAUGCUUAGUGAAAAUGUGAUGAGUUGUCAGCUGACUGGAGACAGUUUUUUGAACUCAGAAAAUACUUUAUCCUGCAAAUUUGGGGUAUCCCUUUUCUUUGAGAAUUAUGAGUUGGAUCUCAAAGAUGGAAUGCUUGGAGGUGGAGGUUUCUCGGUAUGCCAUAAGUGCACAAAUCGGCAAACAGGGAAGGAAUUUGCAGUGAAAAUAAUGACUCACAAGAUUGACUGCACACAGGAAAUCAAUUUACUGCACAUGUGCCAGGGCCAUCCAAAUAUUGUCAGCCUUCAUGAAGUAUAUUAUGAUGAGGCACAUACCUACAUUGUUUUGGAGCUCUUAUGUGGUGGUGAGCUACUGGAUAGAAUCAGAAAAGGUAGAUUCACUGAGACUGAGGCAAGUCAGGUUAUGAGGAAACUCAUCUCAGCCCUCAACUUUAUGCAUUCUUGUGGGGUUGUGCACCGAGAUCUCAAGCCCGAGAAUAUUCUCUUUACUGAUGAUUCAGAGCAAGCUGACAUUAAGAUUGUUGACUUUGGACUUGCGGGACUGAAACAAGAGAAUCAGACAAUGCACACACCGUGCUGUACUUUGCAAUAUGCUGCACCUGAAGUGCUUAAAGAGGCAUUCACCCAUGAUACAGAUGGCUAUGAUGAAAAUUGUGACCUGUGGAGCCUGGGCGUGAUCCUGUAUACUAUGUUAUGUGGGCAUACCCCAUACCAAGUUGAGUCUGGAGAUGAUGUUGCAGUUGUGAUGGCCAGGAUUAAUGGGGAAGAAUUCAGUUCCAACAUUGAUGCCUUGGAUCACAUUUCUUCAGAAGCAAAAUAUGUGACGAAAGGUCUUCUAACAGUAGAUCCUAAGUCCAGACUGAAAAUGAGUGAUCUCAUUAACAACGAAUGGGUACAAGGAUGUAGUGUGAUACUAGAGCCUGCAACAUUGCUUCUGAUUCCGGAUAUCUUGGCUUAUUCAGCAGAGACAGAUAUUCACCAGGCUGAUCAGGAAGGAUUCAUAGUGCAGGUUGUUCCGAAUGAUGAGUGGGCACAGAGAACAUGGACAGAGGGACUGUCAACUGACACAUGCAGCUAUUCUAUGCCCAGAACGCAUUCUGCCCCCAGUUCUUCUGGUACCCCUUUGAUUGAAGUGGUUUCUAGAUCAUCAGAAUCAGCCAUCGGACAUGUUAAAGAAGACAAGUUGGAUAACAGUGGCUUAGUGUUAUUUGUUACUUCUGAAGGACCAUUAAUACAGUCCAGAAAAAGAAAUAGGAGUGAAGAUGCCAGUUCAGUUUUUGUAACUUACGAUAAUUAUUAUGUUGAUAUUGAUGAUAAUGAUAAUGUUAAGCGCAAGAAGAAUGAGAUAUACUAUCUUAUGGUUGAAUAAAUUUUCUGUAUGUGAAAUGUGUAGAAUUUGUUGUUGUUAUUGUAGUAAUGUGGAUGGCCAGAGCAUUUCUAGGUAAUGACCUGUAAACAACCUACAGUCACGUAAGCACACUCAGUAAUAGGAUGAAUGUUUAUAGUUUGUUGCUAGACAACAGUCAGCGUGCCAGUGGGUUGGCUAGCACUGUUUACACUCUUCGAAUUUUCGAAUCUUUUGACUAAAGGACAGAAGAUUGAUAGAAUGGCUAUUUAAGAGAAAGCUAGAGGGGUCCCUUCUUCAGUGCUAAGACCUUCCCUUAUAGCUGUAAGAGAUUAUUACCCUUUCUAGGGUCAUGAACAGACAGUUGCAUCAUGGCUGAGAUACAGAGUGUGAUCUGUUUUCUGUGCAUAUGUAGUGAAAUCAA